AUGGCGGCCGCACCAUGGAAGAAGAUGGUGGGGCGGUACGAGGUGGGGUGGACCAUCGGGCACGGGUCGUUCGGCAAGGUGAAGUUCGCCGUCGACGCCGACACGGGCGUCCCCGUCGCCAUGAAGGUGCUCCUGCUCUCCGCCUCCUACGCCGUCGCCGCCGACUUUGACUACUGUAGUGAGCGCUCCGAACUCUCCUUCCGCCGCCAAACCAUCCCCGUUUUGACAUUUGAGAUUCCGCGGAUUUAUCCGGUGAAGGUGAGCGGCAUGGAGAUCUCCCCCGACCCCGUCGUGCGCGGCAAGCCUGCCACCUUCAAGAUCUCCGCCUCCAUGGAGGUUAGAAGAGAAAAGAUCACCCUCAAGAUGAAGAUGCUCCAGGGCCUGGUGCCAGGAUGUAACAAGGUGAUUGGCAAAGCCCUCGAGAAGCCCCGCGAGCGCCUCUCAGUGCUACGGAUGGAGCAAGACAUUCUCAAGUUCCUCCGUGACCCUGGGCAGACGCAGUUCGAGUUCCAGGGCCUUCCGACUUCGUACCUGCAUCUUGCUGCGCACCGUCUGGCACAGCAUUAUUUCCUGAUAUCGAUCGCCCUGCCGGAUAACAGCUUGCCUGAUGGAACCAGUUCUCAGAUCAUCCUUCGUAAGACGUCUGCUGAAUGCCGAUUGCCUGUUGUCCGCCUAGCUGACAUUCCAGUUAAUUUGCCUCAAGAAGAGACCAGCGCUGUGGCCACCAAAGUAGCUAUUAAGCAAAGGCCUCGGAAGAAUCACCAUGGGGGCGCGGGUGCAGGUGCUAACUCUUCCAGAGGCAACCUUCAGAAAAGCGUUGAGGAGAGGAAAGAGGAAUACAACAGGGUACGUGCUCGCAUAUUUAACAACAUCAGUGGUAGCAGUAGUCCGGUUGAUGGAAGACCAGCUGAUGAAGUUGUUUUUCCCAACACCCUACAUAGGUCCACUUCCUUGGAGUUGAACCCAAACACCAGGUACGGUGAAUUGGCUGAAGCUACCCUUGAAAGGAGUUUGACUAGCACUGCAUCUAGCAGCAGAUCAAAUAAUAGAAGCAGGAUUGACAAGGAGCCUCCAGUCAAUAGAGGCAGGCAAGGCAAUAGGGUGGCGAUAUUUCGAGACCGUGACUCCGAUCGCAAGGAUCCUGAUUAUGACAGAAGCUAUGACAGGUUUGUUCCACAUAACAUGGCUUCUGUUUGUUGCUAUCUGAUCUGGGGUUUCCUGUGUCGUAAUAAAGAGUACCUGAUUUGUACCGUGCCUACAUUCAAUUGA